AUGAUUGAAGGGCUUGGAAACUUCAGGAGCCCAGGGUUGUCUAGGCAACGGAACCUUGGGAAACAGGCAGGUUCGGAGAUGCAGGAGGACACUAGGACAUUCGCAUGAGCACGCGCAGUGACUUGGCGGCGGCGGCGAGAUGCGCGUGCACAGGCGCGGGCCGCCAGCUGGGGAGCAGUAAAACGUUCAGUCGAGAAGCUGUGAGGGGGUCGCCAAGCUCCCACGGUCACUUGGCUGACGUGAGCCACUGGGGCGCGCACGGCGCCUCGCACGAGCUGGGGCUGAGCCGCGUGCGCUGCGCCUCCUGCGGUCCCUGCGUGGUCACCGCGGCUCGGAGCACCCGGUCCGCUGACGCGCGUGUCUGACAGCAAAGGCGAAGGCCGUGCUCUCGCCCUCUCUUCGCACGAUGAGCCCCGAGCCGGCACCCCAGCCUCCGGAGCCCCAGGGCGUGCGCUGCAGCCUCGAGGAGCAGGAGCUCUCGGCUGAGAGCCUGAUGGAGGAAGCCGAGGCCGCCCUCAUCAAAGAGUACCAGGCGGCGGCCGAGCUCCUCCGCUCGAUGCUGGCCCGCAUGGCGCAGCCGGACCGUGCCCUGUGCGUGCACCUUGGGGAAACGCUGUCUCGCGCCGGCCUCUUCCCCGAUGCCAUCGGCGCCUUCCGCGGGGCCGCCCUGCUCGGCCCCCUGAAGCCCGCGGAGCUGGAUGAGCUGGCAAGAGGCCUGGCGCGCUCCCUAGGCCUGCACAAGAAGUGGCUGCCGGAGGUGGCAAGGUCCGGCUGCGCGGCUGGCUCCUCGGGGCCGGUGGCGCCCCGCGACCUGCUGGGCUGUCCGCGCUGCGGGAGGCUGCUCUACAAGCCCGUGACGCUGGCCAGCGGGCUCACGGUAUGCAAGCGCUGUGUGAAGAUGGUUCCCGGGCGGCCACAGGCCCGGCGCGUGAACGUGAUGCUGAGCGGGCUGCUGGAGAGAUGCUUCCCUGCGUAUUGUCGGCUGCGCAGAAUGGCGUGCCAGGCGCGGGGGCUUCAACGCCAGCAGCAGCCCGAGGCCGCGCUGCUCAGGUGCCAGCAGGCCCUGGACAUUGCCCCCGAUGACAGCUCACUCCUGCUGCUGCGAGCUGAGAUAUAUCUAACCACAAAGAACUAUGAGCAAGCCAUGCAGGAUGCUGAUACGGUCUGUCAGAGGGAGCCUCUCCUGACUAAGGGGCACCGUAUAAAAGCUCAGAUUCUUUCUGGAUUGGGAAGAAGUAAAGAAGGGCUGAAGGAAUUUAUCUACUCCAUUGCUUUAAAUCCUGGAUGUAAGUCAACAAGGAAAGAAACACACAAGGUAAUAUGUGAGGUGUUGUUUUCAGCUUCAGAAAGUGAGCAUCAGAAUUCAACAGCUUCUACCCAAAGUGGACCAGAGGCCCACUGUGAUGGCCAGAUGAAUCCCCAGUGUCCUGUGGAAGAAGGCAGGAACGCGAAUACGGGCAGUCCUGAGAAUCCAUCUGAGAGGUCUGAUGCAGUCAAGAAGGAAAUCAAUUCUUCGGUUUUGUAUUUUAUUAUGGGCCAAAACCGUGAAGAGGACAAAAAGGCUUUAGAAAGCGUCUUUCCAGCAGCACCGAGCAGCACUUUAAAGAGACAGCUCCCAAGUGACACAGAAGAUGAGUGUGAUGGGAACACCCCCGAGAAAGUUCCCAAGAAAGAUGUGGAUUCCUCACCUCAGGGGAACGUGAACUCUCUGGAGGAGCCAGAGUUCACGAUUGACCUUGCUGACUUUGAGUGUGCUCUGUGUAUGAGGUUGCUCUUUGAACCUGUCACUACGCCCUGCGGACACACAUUUUGCCUGAAAUGCCUCCAGCGCUGCCUUGACCAUGCUCCACACUGCCCACUGUGCAAAGACAAGCUUUCAGAAUUGUUGGCAACCAGAAACUUUCAUGUGACUGUUCUGGUUGAAGAACUGAUACUCCGGUACUUACCAGAUGAGCUGUCUGAUAGGAAGAGGAUUCACGAUGAAGAAAUGCUGGAACUAUCGGAUCUGACCCGAGAUGUGCCCAUCUUUGUGUGUGCCAUGACCUUCCCUACGGUUUCCUGCCCUCUCCAUGUCUUUGAGCCCAGCUAUCGGCUCAUGAUAAGAAGAUGCAUGGAAACCGGCACCAAGCGAUUUGGCAUGUGUUUGUCUUCAGAAAAUGCAGGGAUUUCGGAGUUCGGCUGCAUGCUGGAGAUAAAGGACAUCAGAACUUUCCCCGACGGAAGCUCCAUUGUGGAUGCAGUCGGGAUUAGCCGCUUCAGAGUGCUCAGCCACCGCCACAGGGAUGGCUAUAACACUGCGGACAUCGAAUACCUGGAAGACGAGAAGGUGGAAGGUCCAGAGUAUGAAGAACUCACCGCCCUCCAUGAGUCAGUGUACCAGGAAGUUGUUUCCUGGCUUGCUUCUCUCCAGGAUCCCAUGAAAACGAAAAUACUAAACCUUUUUGGGUCGAUGCCAGACAGGGAGCCUGAGGCACAGAGCACCGCUAUCGGCCCCGCCUGGUCCUGGUGGAUUCUGGCCGUGUUGCCGCUGGAACGCAAGGCUCAGGUGGCCAUUCUCGGCAUGGCCUCCCUGAAAGAGCGGCUGCUUGCCAUUCGGCGAAUCCUAGCCAUCAUUACCCAAAAGAUGAACAGUCGCCAAGAGAUGGCCAACAACGCACAGGGAGAUAACUGAGUUUCCUCUGUGUGAAGGUUGCUGGAAGCCCCUGUGUGUUUCUGAGUUGCAGGCGGGGACCGGUGCCCCUCCUCCUCAUUGCUCUUUGUAAAAUGCUUGUCAGUAAUGUGAUAAAUGAGACAGAUGCCAAAUACCAGUUUUCUCACACAUUCCAAGUCUGCCUGUGGGACUCUGGCACUGUUCAAGGUUAGUCUGAACCCCCAGUGGAAGGUACAGUGGGGAGUCCCGUGAGAGAACCUCUUCAAAGCAGGCAUUUCAAGAGUCCAGCCCACUACCAGCAUGGGACACACACACGGUUGACAUGUGAUGUAGGUGUUGAAGGUGAUGACAUUCCUAGUCAGUGUCUUGAGAUGAUAGAUGGAGAACGUGUGUGCCAGUGGCCAGGUAGUGAGAGCCACACUUUCAAGUGGAAACAGGUCUAUUGAAUACAAGCACGCCAAAAAUAGACCUGGGCUCUGUUUGCUGCGGUGAACUCAUUUGUAAAUGAAUCAUUGUCCAGUCUUUCCCCCCACGAAGUCAUAAUUACUGGACAGAGCUGUGUUCGUGUUUCAUGUCCUGCUAUAAUUCCAGGUGUUAUAAAUUGCAUGUCGUAAUUAAAUGAGUGUUACAAAUGUAAUAUGUAUCUUGUGUAUAGAAAAGACUGAGAAUAACAGCUAUUUUGAGACUAUAUAUUUAUAAACACCCCGAAAGUGUAAUCGAAAUGCAUUGAAACUGUAUGUGCAUUGGAUGUGUAUUCAACUGGGAAUUUCCAGUCUGAUAAUGCUAGGUGUAAUUCCUGGCCUCCAGCAUGGUUUGGGAAUAUGGAUUGGAAUACCCAGACAUUACUGCUGUGCUGAGCUGGCUGCUUCGUCUGUAAGGUGAGCAUCCUGACAGACAAGACCCUGCUGAGCAAAUUCCAGUGACGAGUUCGGCUUUUGCUUCGCCCAUUCAAGGGGUGGGGUUUUUGGGGUUUUUUUGUUUUUUGGGUUUUUUGUUUUUGUUUUUGUUUUUUUUUUUUAAGUACAUUUUAUGGUGUGAAAUCUUGAUGGUUUAUCAAACCCAUCAAGCAUUUUAUUAGGAAGGCCUUAUGAUUGCAGUGAUAAUGUAUUUUAUUGUGCUUGCCAAUAACUGAAAUUCAACUUCACCGUGGGACUUAGAAUACAACACCCAUCUCCUUUACUAUGAAUCUUCAAUGUCAUCUUAAAAAGAGGCUAAAAGCCCUUUGAGCAAGCAGUUUCAAUGCACUGCCAGGUCAUGUCUUCUUGACAUUUAUGACAUCGUCUGACCAAGUAAAACAAAACUGGAACUCCUGUGGCAGAAACCCUUUACUGGAAUUUGCCCAUGAAAAUGAAUAGAUUUUGACUUAUUCUCUUCCUUCCUUCCUUCCUUCCUUCCUUCCUUCCUUCUUUUGGAUAUUAUAUUGUUCCUGUUUCCAUCUGGAAGCGUCCAGCUGGUGUGAUCGUAGUGUCUCCGGUGUCUAUGCUGGGUUAGUGUUUGGAAAAUUUUACUCUCACCUCUGACUUGUUUAAAGUUAGAACUGGUUGUGUUCUUGAACUCAGAGCCGUUAUGUUGUUCAUCCUGAUUCUGUCGGCCUCUCUCGAGUCUUCUCCUCCCCAGGGUUCUAGUGUAAAAUCCCAUGCCACAAUGCCACCAAGAAGAACAACCAAAGUGUUCGGAUUUUGGUACCAAAGGGACCGUGGUAUGAUUGUUCCACCCACACUCUGUUCCGUUGCACACCUCCACACAGCACACAGUAGUAGUCCGGGGCUUCUCGGGGAAUCUGGUUGUCAGAAUGUUUCAGUAGCACAACAUAAUGAAGUUAAAGUGCCACCACUGCCCUCAGCCAAGCUUAGGACAUGCUCUCUAAAUUGUACCUGGGUCUGAAUUUACAAACAAGUGAAUGACGAAUGCCAUUGAGAGAAACAGUAGAUGCUCCAGGUUCUCUACAGAUGAGAGGCCCAUUGCCUAGGGUUGUGUGGGGGAAGCACUCAAGUCAGGCAUGGAGGUGUUACAUGAGUUCUGUUGCAUGGGCUAAGGCUUUAACAGUGGCGACUUGUAAUAGCCUCAGACAACAGAAGAGACCUUCGCUACCCUAGAUGUGUAAAACCUGUUUGCAGAAUUGCAGACAGUCCCAAAGCUCAUGUUUUAGCUAUGUAGCUGAACUUUGGAAAAGCAGUUAAUAUGUAGGCUGUAAAGCUGCAUGCUCACAGCUCAUCCAUUUACGCUGCACCAUGUUAACAGCUGAUGUUGUACUCGUGAAGUGAUUGUUACCAACUGUGACUUGUGUGUAAUUUAUUUCAGAACAGGUUUGAAUGAGUGAAGUCCAUAUCAAUGAACGUCAAGACUUCUGCCUCUUUACAGAUCAGUAGUGAAAUAUUCAUAUAAUAUGGAAUAUUCACCCAGCUUCUCUCUUGUUUCUUGUUUGAGACUGGGGCAGAGAUGUGUUAGUACGUUUCUUACACAAGGACAGUUUUAAAUGUUGUAAUGUUUACCGCAUUGUGUUCUUUGCCUGUUCAUUUUAAUGAAUUGAAAUUGUGUAUCUAAUAUGUGAUAGUUGAGAUAGAUAAAACGUACAUAUACAAUGUUGUAACAGUUCUUUAGUAAAUAAUCCCUCCCAGAUAACGAGGUAAAUGUCUAGAUUGUGCAAGAUAUUAAAUUAGCUUUCUGGUGUGGUCCUAACAAACCGCCAGAGACUUCUGGCUGAAAACACGAGAAAUACAUGAUUCCACAAUUGUAGAAGUUAGAAGAUGAAAAUCAAGAUGGUGGUGGAGCCAUGCAUCCUGUGAGUUUCUGGGAGAAUUUCCCUUGCAUCUUCUAGCCAUCUCCCAUGUACCCUGGCUCUUCGAUAAACAUCUAGGACUUCAAUUCAUUAGUGUGUGGCCUUCUGCUCGCUAAGUGCUCACUCCUAUGGCCUUCUCCUUACAGAGCACGCCCUCUGACUUGAUCCCAUCUGCAAAACAGCGGUGUUUUCAGAUAAGGCCGCUGUGUUGGUUGUGUGUGUUUGUUGGCUUGUUUUAUAAACAUGACACAAGCUACAGUCAUCUGAGAAGAGGGAACCUCAGUUUUCUUAAUGCCCACAUGCAAAUGCCCUGUGGGCAAGCAAACUGAUGUUUGAUAUGGGAAAACCUGAUCUGGUGGUUGUGGUGCCACCCCUGGGCAGGUGGUCUUGGGGAUAUAAGAAACCCAGCUAAGCAAGUCAUGGGGAGCAAGCCAGUGAGCAGCACUUCUGCAUGGUUUCUGUUUCAGCUUCUGCCUCUAGGUUCCUGCUCUCGCUUCCCUCAGUGAUAGACUGUGACCUGUAAGCCAAAUAAACCCUU